GAAAUAUAAGGUUGUAUAGGGGAUAACGCUUGAAGCGACAACAGCCGAGGACCGGUGGCGAAGAGAAGGGCACUGCAUCCAUUGACUCUACAUCUUCAUCAUGGAGGAAAAGCCAUUGCAACAUGCAAUACUCAAGUACAGGAACCUCAACGACCGAAAGCACUCGGCACAACCGACCGUGAACGGCACGUACAACGCGGCAGCCGCAACAACGACACCUGAUGCCACCGCCGCCAUCUCCACAAUGCGCAAGCGGCAGCCAUUUUCAUACCAAGAUCACACGAGCAUGGUGGGCCAACUGCUUGGCGCCACUUCGGCUGCGAGAAAAAGCAAUGUUUCUUCGUCGUCGUCGCUCAACGGAUUGUAUCCAUCGUCGAGUAGCAGCAACGGCACAAACAGCGGCGGCGGUCUGUUGCGGCAUGCGACGACAUCCAGCCAUCACCAUCACCACCACCAUUCCCACCAUUCUCACCACCACAUGUCACCUUCUACGACCAACGAAGGCUUUCAGUACGAAGAAGCGUUCAAUCGAGGCAAGAAGCACGUGGAAAAGAAGGACUUCAAGCGCGCCGUGUCCGAAUUCUCGGAAGCAAUCACGAUCUCGCCCAACAAGCUCAAGGCGUACAUUUACCGGGGCGACUGCUACAUGAACACGGGUCGAUUCCAGCCCGCCAUCGACGACUUCUCGACCGUGAUCCACAUGACCCCAGCCAACGCCGACAUUUACGCGAAACGCGCCAAAGCAUUUGAGAAACUGCACAAGUACGUCGACGCCGUGGCCGACUAUGGCCAAGCGAUCGAUCACAGCACCACCCCCAGCAAGUCCAAGGACAUGCACAUUGCACGGGGCCGCGUGUUUAUGGCCAUGAACAGCCUCGCGCAAGCGCUAGACGACUUUACCAUAUCGGUGGAGCUCGAUCCGAGGUCCGGCGUUGCGCUAUUUGAGCGCGCCCAAGUGUUUGCCGGCCUCCACAAGUUUGAUUUAGCACUGCACGACUAUGACAGUGUGAUCGGACUCGAACGCAAGUCGGGGCACCGCGAUGUCCGUCUCGAGUCGUGGCUUGGGCGUGCGCACAUGCUGCUGCAGCUCGCCGACGACGAAGAGCGCACGUAUAUGGCGGACGCGGCCGCCGCCGAGUCCGAGGCCGGCGUGGCCAAGGAGGACGAUGCGAUGGCCGUGUUUGCAGUCGACCGCGAGUCCGCGCUGCACGUCCAGCACACGUCGCCCAACCAGAGCCACGCGGCCAAGAGCUACGUCCACCGCGCAAUCAAAGACGUGAGCAUGGCGCUGCAACUCGAUCCGGAAUCGGUCGGACUGCUCGAGAUGCGGGGCCAAGGGUACCUUCGCGUCGGCGACUACCACAACGCACUGGUGGACGUGAACGCAGCGCUGGCCAAGGAGCCGACGAGCGCGCCGCUGCUGUUGCUUCGGGCGAUGGUCUUCAAACACCAGGACGCGCUUCUGUCGAUGGUACCCCGCGCGCGCGCCAUCAACCAAGUCACGCGGGUCAUUGAGCUGUCGACGAACGCCCACGAAGCCUACUUUGCCCGUGCGCAGCUGCAUGUGGAGAACCACUCGAUCGAGCAGGCUGUUGAAGACUUGAGUGCGAUCGUUGAAAUGUACAGCUACGCGCUGAUCGCCCAAAGCAAGGACGGGGAUGCCGCCACCACCUCGAGGCUACAACCGCUGCCGUCGUCGUCGGCAUUUAGCAGUCCGUUGGUGGAAGACACGACGACGUCGGCGGUCGUCCUCCAGUCGUUUGGGUUGUCGGCCAGUCGGCAUCUAUCUGUUCGCCAGAGUAGCCCCACGGACAUUGCCCUGCGCGCGCUGCUCUGUCGAGCGCGUCUGUACAUGACGUGGAAGGGCAGCGCCAAGGUGGUGGGGGUGAAGGAAGCGAUGACCGACUACCAGCGCAUCUUGUCGGUGGCGCCAAGCCACUUGGACGCGCAGAUGGAGCUCCAGGUCGCAAAGGAUGUGGAAGAAAAGGCGCAAGCCGAGAUUUCCGCGGCCGCGUGCGAGUGGCUCAUGCAACAUGGUGACACGAGUACCAGUAGUAGUAGUACCAGUGCGAGUACCAACCCCAACUCGACCAAGGACGCACACAGUAGUGCCGACAAGAAAAAGAAGAAGAAGAAGAAGGGGGGCGCCAAGCAGCAGACGCAGACUCGACCGAUAGCCGACGAGUCUGGCCCUCUAUUAUCUCCACCACAACCACCGACACAGUCGAGCGAGUCGCUGCAACGAAGUGACUCGACGCCCACGGUGAUCACGACAUCAACACCUGCUUCUUCGUCUCCACAGCCGACAUCAGCACCAACUCCGUCUGUUGUGGUUGCCAAACCCCCUACGCCUCCGAGUACCCGACGCCCCCUACCUACCCCCGGCCAACCGAGUCAUCCGAUAACCCCCAUGUACACUCGUGACGAAGCUUGUGAAAGCAUGGAAGAAGCCGAUGGCGGCAAUGGACUCAAAGAUCAACGCAGGCCACCCAGUGUAUCGUCGAAUUUGGUAUUUCACUUUUCGCUCACGGGGCACGAAGACAAGGCCGAUUUGUCUGGGAGUGAGCCCCCGCCUUCACCGUCGGGGGCUGCCACCAACCCCCCGGUCCCAGUCGCCACCACGUCUCCGUCGACGGACGUCCGUCCUGCCGCCGGCGGGGACCUGGCGACGGGCACCGGCCUUCUUGCCGACGACACUGGCUCUAUGGACGACGACGAGCCGAUAGAUUUCCACGGCGACUCGAAACAAACGUCUCCCCCGUCCUUGUCCUCUGACAUCCUCUUGGACGAACGGUACUUAAAAAAACGGAAAAAGCAGCUCGAAAAGCUGCGACAGGAUCUCGUGGAUGCAUGCGUGAGGCGGCAACUGCACGCGAUCAACGACGCGAUUGUCCGCGCCUCGCGCAAGCAAAUGCACGACCAGCUGGGCGACGAAAUCAACGCCGCCAAAGCGUUGGUCGAGCUGCUGCAGAACCAACCCCCGCCAUCCAACGACGACAAUGGCAAGGCGGUUGAAACCACCAAGGUAGCCGCGGACGAUGUGGACGAACACGAUGCAGCAGCAGAUGCCGCUACGCCGUCCCCUUUACCCACGCCACGAACGUCCAAGGAACCAAAGGGAGCGCCGUCCCCCCAGUCGAAUUCCGCGCCCACAACCCCCGACAAGAUGAUCAAGGCGGCGGCUUCUCCUCGUACCAACAACUCGUUCAAAUCAUCUCCUGUCGCGAGGAUACCCCAAGGCAGCAACGACCCGAAAGAGGCCGACCAUCCCCAUGUGUUGAUGCUCCAAGCGCAGCUCGAGGCCAUGCAGCUGCAGUACACGCGGUGUCGCAAGGAACUGGAGCGGAUGCAGGCAACACCUGCGCCCACGUACAAUCUGUCGGUACCGUUUGCGCACAAAUUGCAAGGCAUGGAGCGGUGUAUGCGGCCACUCAACCCGUCGAUCCUGGGCUGUCCCGCCCUCCGCCAAGUCGAUGCGAUGAUCAACCAAGCGUUUGGUCCGACCUUGGAAUCGGAACAUGUGCGCGCCAAGCUGCUGCGGUACCUCCGUCACAUAUUGGACCAGGGCCAGUGCUCGUAUUCGAUCACGCCGUCGGGGUCGUACCCGCUCAAAACGUACCUGCCGGAUUCCGACAUUGACGUGUGUCUGGAAGUGCCGGACGCGGCUGCCACGUGGCAUCUUGCCGUGACCCAAGCGCUGAUUGGCGCCGCGACGCCCGCCGCCGUCGACAGCACAUUUUUGCCAUCGUCGAUGGCUGCUCCAACCCCCAAUUUGAACUGCACCGUGCGCAACGUGACGUUUAUCAACGCCGAAGUGCGCGUGGUCAAGUGUACGAUAGACAAUGUAUCGAUCGACUUUACCGCGAAUCGCUUUGGGGCGCUGGGGGCGUUGGCCCUGCUCCACGAAAUGGACGUCCGCGUGGGCCAGCAUCACCUGUUUAAACGAACUUUGAUUUUGAUCAAGGCGUGGGCCAUGUACGACAGCUGCCGGUUCAUGCUCGGCCCCCCCGGUCGAAGCAACAUCUUGGGGGCUGUAUCCGGGGCACUCUCGACGUUUGCGCUCAACACGAUGGUCAUGUGCAUCUUCAACCUGUAUGGCAAGCGCAUUGUGCAUCCAUUGCAGGGGCUGAUGGAGUUUCUCCACUUGUUUGCCGACUUUGACUGGCAGUACCACGCCGUGAGUUUGUUUGGGGCUGUUCCGAUUGCUUCGCUCAACAACAAUAUAAACGUCGGCGCAGGAACGAGUCAUGCCAACCCCCCCCCCCACAACGGGUUCCUGAUCGACCCCGACUUUGUCGCACAGCUCAAAGCCAAAGUCGAUCAAGUUAGCACUACUCGAUCAGAUACAAAGCCAUCGCCGCUGCUGCCGUUUCAAGUGCGCGCGUGCAACGUUGUGGACCCCCUGAACGAGUCCAAUAAUGUCGCACGCAGUGUCACAGCAGACAACUUGGCCGAGAUGAAGCAGGCGUUUCAAGGCGCGAGGCAGGCGCUCGUGGACGUGUUCUACGAAGCAUGGCAGAGCGCCGAGUACAACCGGACCGACGACGUGCACGCCGAGGACAUUGUCGCCCACGUCGAGCGCAUCGACGGCUUGUUUGCGAACGGCAUGCAAAUGUACGGCAGCGGAUGGCGCCCGGAUUUGCUCGUGCACCCGAGGCAGCUGUGGCGUGGCCCGCCAAUGAUGCUGGGGGCAACUAGUGCCGACGACAGCGACGUCCUGCAGACUGAAGUGCCCGAGUUUUUUAGAUAGGACCAGAUUCAACCCAAAAUGUGUGACGGUGUGAAUAUGCCUCAUAUACUACAUGGUAUCGGCGUUUUUGCUGGGCGACGGACGAUUACUAGUUUUGCCGCUAGUAAUACUAGUAGUAGGUGUGGUGGUCUGCGAUAGAGUGCAUAGACAUGUCGGACCCCUUUGGGUGUUUUGUUUUAAUUAAUAUGACCUCCGAAGAAUCGAU